ACCAUCUGAUCGGAGCUCGGAAACAAUGGCGAUCGGAAAAUCGAACAAGUUAUCGCAGGCGGCGAUGAUAAAGCAGAUGGUUAAGAGGUGUUCGAGCAUAGGGAAAAGACAACAUGGGUACGAGGAUGUCCCGAAGGGGCAUUUCGUGGUUUACGUCGGAGAGAAUCGAAGCCGGUACGUCGUUCCGAUCACGUUCUUGACCAGGCCGGAGUUUCAGCGGCUCCUGCAACGCGCCGAGGAAGAGUUUGGGUUUGACCACGACAUGGGACUCACCAUUCCCUGCGACGAACAUUUCUUCCAAUCGCUAAUGUCAAUGCUUAGGUAAAACGGUCGGUCCAAGGAAGGGCUUCUUAGCUUAUUAUUGUGCUUGUUUGAAGCCUAGAUAGCCUAUAGCUAGCUAGCUCCCAUUUAAUGAAUUAGUUUAUGGGAUUCUAUAUGAUGUUUAUCAGACAAUAAUUCUUAAAAGUUGUAUGUAGUUUGCUCACGGUGGUGUUUGAUCAUACCUUUGUACCCUGUGAGGGAACUUAUAUUAAUGAUUAAUGAAUUAAGGAUUCA